AUGGAAGCUGAAAUCCCAACACAUCACUGUGAAGCAUAUGGCCAUGUCGGAGACUUUGAGCUUUCAAACAUCAUGACCACCAGAGCAUGCGAUGAGCAGCAAGACCUGCAAUCGUCGUCUUCAGCAGCCUCCCACUUUCUCAUGUACCACGGCCAGCAACACCCGGCAGUGCAUCCCUUGCUCAAGCUUGAGGCCGUGGACGACGCCCGCUAUGAGAAUGUGCAUGUCCACCAUGAGGACAUCUUCCCUGCAAGCAAUCAGCUACAACUUUCUGAUCUCGAACUUGAACCGACCUGGGCUUCUCAUCAACUGUAUCCGCACUACCCCAGCAACACCGUCGUCCAGGUCAACGAUUUCAGUGGACUUCCACUACAGUACACAUCAGAUCCCAUCGCGCUCACUCCGUCAACAUAUCCAUACUAUGAAGAGCAGGGUGCCUGGCCUUCAUCUCCGGAAUACGGCCAGUGCAGAUCUUUCACCACGACCGAGGAAGACGAGGAUGCGGUUGACGACAAGCCGUACGCCAGACUCAUCUACGAAGCUCUGAUGCAGGCGCCAGGCCACAGGAUGAUGCUCAGAGAGAUCUACGAGUGGUUUCGCCACAAUACCACCAAACCUCAAGAGUCUGGGUCGAAUGGUUGGCAGAACAGCAUUCGGCACAAUCUGUCCAUGAACAAGGUUAGCAGGGUGAACCCAUUCUCAUCACCAACUAACACCACGGUACAGGCAUUCGAAAACGACAGGGAUAGCGCAAAGGGCAAUUCAAGGAAGGCGACUAGCGUGUGGAUACUGACGGAUGAGGCGAUCAAGAAUGGGGUGCAAUCCACCACAAGAUAUCGCAAGACGGGCACAGGCAAAAAGUCCAUGGGGGGUCGCAUACCAGCCAUUCAACGUCAACGAGCCGGAGCCAAGGGGGGCCGAGCAGCGCGCCAUGCAGCCAAAAGGAAGUGUCAAGAGCACUAUGCCUUCACUGACUCGACAGCGACCCCAAGCCCAUCGACGGCAUCAUAUUCCGAUUGCACUGACUACCAAAGCUUCGACUCCCACGAUCCACGACCCACCGUCAGGAGCUGGCCGAUAACCCCUGUGGAGCCAAAUCUGGCAGCCGAAGAAGCGAAUUUGCUCCGAUGUCUGUCCCCACAGAGCGCCUCGGGUUUCCGGACACAACACCUGAACUACGGAGAGGAGAACGUGCACUUGCAGAAUGCGCUCUUGCAGUCGAUGCGAGAUCAGCAGCUGGAGGAACUGGUCAGAUUCCAUGGGAACCGAGCCUGCAGCUGA